UUUACAUCCUUGAUUAGAUUUGUUCCUAGAAAUUUGAUUCUUUUGGUUGCUAUUGAAAAUGUAAUUUUAACAAUUUCUCUUCUAAUUGUUCAUUACUAGGGUAUAGAGAAAGUACACAUUUUUCGGUGUUGAUCUUUUACCCUGUCAGUUUGCUGAAUUAAUUUAUUAGCUCUGUUUGGAGUUUAAAGAAUUAAAUUAUUUUGUUAGCUUUGAUGUAGAGUUCAAAGAAUUUUUUGUACAUAGCAUCAUGGCAUCUGCAAACAGGAAAAGUUUUAUUUCUUUUUUUUAAUUUGAAUAUCUUUUGUUUCUUUCUCUUGCCUAAUUUUUAUAGUGAGAACUCUCAGAAAAAAAUGUUGAAUAACAGUGGUGACAGUGGGCAUCCUUGUCUUGUCCCUCAGUUUACUUAGAGGUAAAGCUUUGGUCUGUCACCAUCAGCACUGAAUGUUUAUUGCUCAGACUGAGAGUGGAAAUCAGAGGAAGACCGUUGGUGGCAGAACUAUUGACAAUGCAAACACUGGAAUCAGUGACCUUCAGUGAUGUAUCUAUAGACUUUGAUGCAGAAGAGUGGGCCUUGAUGGAUAAAACCCAGAGAAACCUGUUCAGACAUGUUAUGCUAGAGGUUAUCAGUCAUCUGGUGUCAGUAGGGUAUCAGCUCUGCAAAUCAGAAGUGGUUUCCCAGUUGGAACAAGGAGAGGAACUGUGGAGGGAAGGAUUAGGAUUUCUCCAAGGACAGAGUACAAGCAGACAGAAAGACGAUAGAGAAGAAGAAAUGAUAACCAUGCCACAUAUCUGCAAUAAGGAGAAAUAUACCAUCCAGCCAAAGCAGCAGAUUUCUACUAUUGGAGAGGAUCCAUUUGUGAGUAAUCAUUUGGGAGAAGAUUUAAUUCACUCCACAUUGACUGACAUGGAAACAGAGCCCUAUGUAAAUGAACAUUCUCAAAAAGCUAUCAGUUAUCAGUCAUUCUUUACUGGACAUAAGCAAAUUCAAUCUGGACAUAAUUUGCAUGAUUAUCAUCCAUGUGUAAAAGCCUUGAGAAAUAUUUCUGUCCCUAGACAGUAUGAGAGAACUUGCACUGGAGAGAAAUCACAUGUCUGCCAUCUAUGUGGGAAAUAUUUCAGUCAAUGUUGUAACCUUAAGGAACAUGAGAGAACUCACACUAGGGAGACAGCAUAUAUCUGCCAUCAUUGUGGGAAAAUCUUCACUUAUAGUUCAAAGCUCAGAGACCAUGUGAGAACUCACACUGGGGAGAAACCAUAUGUCUGCAAGGUAUGUGGGAAAUCUUUCAGUCAACAUGGUAACCUUAGGCAACAUGAGAGAACUCACACUGGGGAGAAACCAUACAUCUGCCAUCUAUGUGGGAAAUCCUUCAAUCAAAGUGGUCACCUUAGGCAACAUGAGAGAACUCACAAUGUGGAGAAACCAUACAUCUGCCAGCUAUGUGGGAAAUCCUUCAGUCUAAGUGAAAAGUUUAGGCAACAUGAGAGAACUCACAUUGGGGAAAAACCAUAUGCCUGCAAAGUUUGUGGGAAAUCCUUCAGUCGGUGUGGUAGCCUUAGGAUACAUGAGAGGAUUCACACUGGGGAGAAACCAUAUGUCUGCCAUUUAUGUUGGAAAUCCUUUCAAGUAAUUUCUAAACUUAGGCAACAUGAGAGAACUCACACAGGGGAGAAACCAUAUGUCUGCAAUUUGUGUGGGAAAGCCUUCCAUGUAAGUUCUAAACUUAGGCUACAUGAGAGAACUCACACAGGGGAGAAACCAUAUGUCUGCCAUCUGUGUGGGAAAUCCUUCAGUCAGUGUGGUAGCCUGAGGGAACAUGAGAGAAUUCACACUGGGGAGAAACCAUAUGACUGCUAUCAAUGUGGGAAAUCCUUCCGUCAUUGUAGUAGCCUGAGGGGACAUGAGAGAACUCACUCUGGGGAGAAACCAUAUAUCUGCCAUUUGUGUGGGAAAUCCUUCCAUCAGAGUUGUAAACUUAGGCAACAUGAGAGAACUCACACUGGAUAGAAACAAUAUGAAUGCCAUCUAUGUGAGAAAGACUUCCCUAAUUCUAACUUCAUACAACAUAUGAGAACUCACACUGGGUAGAAACCAUACACCUGCCACCUAUGUGUAAAAUCCCUAAGUCAAUAUGGUAUUUGUAAGCAACAUGAGAGAACUUACACUGGGGGAAACCAUAUAUCUGCAAUUUAUGAGGAAAUCCUUCAGACAUUGUGGUACCCUUAGGCAACUUGGGAGAACUCACACUAGAAAGAAACCGUAUGUCAGCUUUCUUGCAGGAAAGAGUUCACUGAUAGAGUGAUCCUCAGACAACAUGAGAUAAUUGACACUGGAGAGACAUGUCUAUGAUCUCUGUGGGAAAACCUUUAUACAUAAUUCUGCCAGUAGGAACAUCAUGGAACUCAAUAAAUAUUUUGUGAAUAUGCAAGAGUUCUCAGACAUGCCUACCAACUUUAAAAAGUAGCAACUCACACAGGAGAGUUUCAUCAAUGUCUAAAUGCCUUUAUUUACAAUGUGUCCUUAAAUAACAUGAUUACACUGUCCUGGGAGGAACAGUAUAUAAUUACCUAUAAUAGAUUUCAGCUGAGCCUCAGCAUUGGUGUAUGCAGGCAUAGCUCAGAGUUAGAAUAACUCCAAAAUGAGAAAACUUGAUAAGAAAGACAUUAUCAGUAGGAAGAAACUGUUAGAGAACUCAAGGACAUAAUUAUUGGUGGAAUAAUUACUCAUUGGAGAAAUGUGUGAAAUCAUUUACUUACAGAGCAAUAUGUCAAAUAGAUGUGACGUUUCCCAUUUUAUAAAAUAGUCUCUGUAGAGAUGUAUAUACAGAUGUAUGUAUGUGUGUAUGAAAUAAAGUCUUUGGUGGCUUUGAAUUUAUUCCUCAAAGUUUAAUUCCCCAUAAUGAGGAAAUCUCAACACUAAAAUCAAAUAAAAAAGGGUUCAGAUGGAGUUCAUAUUGGAAAUAUACUAGGAAAAACGUAAAAAAUAAAUGCUUUAUAACACAAUUCAAUCAUGCAGAGUUUUGCCUAGUAAACUAUUAAUGAGAAACAAAUUAAGACACAGGAUUGUGAUCUGGGAGUGCUGAAUGCAGAAUUUUUUAAUGAGUUUUAGACAAGGAAAUCAAUGUUUUUUUCUUGAUGUUUUGCAAAUACUUAUGAAGUAAAAGCUGUAGCUGAAAAUUCUAUAAUGUUCAGCUUCCAUUUUUUCACAGAAACCUAAACAUAAAUAUGAUGACUGUUAAACCAGAGAACUUUGCAUGUUAAAAGAAUAUACAGACCAAGAUUAUGCAUCAUAAAUGUUAUAUAAUAUAAACAGGUAUGAAUACAGCAAUAAUGGACAGAAUAUAAAUAAAUAGAUAAAUUUGGGUUCAUCUCUGGUGGUACAGAUAUUUUCCUUUACACUGUAACUAUUGGUCUUGUACCUUAAAGCAGAAUUAGAAGGAACUCUUAAAAGUAUAAUAAUAAAGUUGUAAGUCAUGGAAAAUUGGGUAGCCUGAGGAUGGGUUAUCUCCCAAUCUUGAUCAGGCAUUGGGGUCAUUCUCUCCAUUAGAAAUGGGUUUGGGUGAUCAAAGAUGGCAGAUUAGAAGAGAUAGAGCAAAAUUCUCCCCUGUGGAAGACACUAGGUAAAAGCAUUUUUUCAUUUGGCAGACUCCUUUUACUGCUGAAAAGUUUUACUCAGGACUGUUUUUAAGACAUUAGCAUUCCAGUUAGCUUUAUAGGUGAUAGCUUUCAACUGGACCUUUCCUUCAGCUGCAUCAUCAUUAUAGAACACUUUAAAUGUAAUUUUCACCAGUGCUGAGAUUGGAAACUUAAGUCCACCAUAAGUUUUAUGUAAUUUCUGACAAAUGCUGGAGGCAUGCUGACAAAUAAAAGACUGAUUUACAUUGCAUUGA